AUGGCCCUGUGCAAGGCGAUGAGCUUCAUGCCGGCGUGCUCGGUGCACGAGGCGUGCACCGCGGCGGCGCCCUUUGACGACGCGCCGCUGUCGGUCAACUGGACCUCCCAGAUCAGCCCCGACCCCAAAGCCUGCAGCCCCAUCAGCCUGGUGGCCACCGUGUGCACAAUGGACACCGGCAUGACUAACAUGGCGGGAUGCCAGAAGCACUACAAGCCGAUGUGCCGUGCCAAGGGCAGUGUGGUUGAGCAGUGCCGCGAGAACCAAGGCGUGGCGGAGCUGCCGACCACGACGACCAUCAACGAUGCGGUCAAGCAGCUGUGCACGGCCAACCGGUCCCGCCCCGGCUGCGCGGCCUGCCUGCCGUCCUUCGACGCCGCCAAGACUUACGGCAGCUGCGACCUGCUGGGCACCUGGGGCGGCAUCUGCGCCGCAGAGCCCACGGUGCCCCAGUGCGCCAAGGCCGCGGCUCUCUGCGCCAAGGGCAAGGCAUGGUAUUUUUGCAGCGGCUCAACACCAGAGGCUUUUGCUGAAGCAGCAGCGGCAUCAGCAGUCAACUGCUAUGAGACACCAAAGGACCCCAGCUGCGCGGCAUUCACGCUUCCGAGGGCGGAAGCUGUGGCUGACCUCAACUCACUCUGCAGCGCCAUGCACUUCAUGACGGGCUGCUCCCUGUACAAGGCCUGUAACGCCACGUCCCGCCCCAACGUGGGGGCCGACCCGACGAUCUGCGACCCAUUCCAGCAGCUCGCCACCGUCUGCGGCCGCGACAAGGGCAUGGGCGGCAUGUCGGGCUGCAGGGCGCACUAUGCUGGGCUGUGCGCCAACGGCAGCGCGGUGCGCUCCAUAUGCGAGGAGAUGGACAUGGACGGCUGCGAAAGGUGCACCCCGGCGUGGCAGCAGGGCAAGACGUGGGGGGGACCAAACUGCGACCCAUUCGCAGUCUACGGCUGGCUCUGCGUGCAGAUGCCGGACAUGUGGCAGUGCAUGGGCCCCGGCCGCUGGGACGAGAUCUGCCGCAAAGACCCCACCCUGUACGUGUGCGUGGGCAACGCGCCCGCCCUCACUGACAAGGGCUGGUGGCGCCCGUCCUCGGGGGGCGGCGGCGACGGACCCGCGCCCGCGCCGGCGCCGACGCCGGCGCCACCGCCAGUGCCAAGCGGCGGCGGUGGCAACGAGCCUUACAAGCCGGGCCCCACCAUGAAGAUGUACUUCUUCAACCAGCUGCCCUUCUGGCUGCUGUUCAAGGAGUGGACGCCCGCCACCAGGGGGGAGCUGGCGGGCGCCUGGUUUGCCAUCUUCUUCCUCGGGAUCUUCUACGAGCUCGUGCAGACCGUGAAGUUCAGGGUGGAGGCCGCAUGGAUGGCCGCAGACGCGAAGCAGGCAGAGCUCGCGGCGGCGGCCGGCGACGACGACGGCGGCGGCCCCGCCGCGGGCUGCCCCUGCGACGAGGCGUCCGACGUUGUGGCCGUCCGGAUUCCGAUCUCCAGCAGCGGCCGCGUCAUGGGGGACGUGCUGAUGAGCAGCGGCGGCAGCGUUACCGGCCGGGGCGGCUCCGGGGGCGGCCAGGCGCCGCAGGCCGGCAGCUGCUGCGGCGGGCCGGGCGGCGGUGGCGGCGGGCUGCAGCCUGUCGGGGAGGGCGUGGAGGGCGGCGGCGGGGGCGGCUGCUGCAGCAGCUCCCGGCCCCAGCCGGCGGAGAUCUCUGCGCUGAAGGUCCCCCUCGCGCCCGACGGCCUCAAGGGCGGCGCGCUCUCCUCUCAUCACCACCACGCCCACCACGCCAAGCGCCGUGGCGCCGGCGCCGCGGGCGCGGCGGCGUCGGCGUGGCUGGCGCGGCAGCGGCGGCCGGGCGGCGCGCUGGACGCGUCGCUGCUGGGGCGCGACGCGGCGCGCUGCGUGAUGACGUUUGCGACGACCGCGCUGUCGUACCUGCUGAUGCUGGCGGCCAUGUCCUUCCACAUCGGAAUAUUCUUCGCCGUGUGCAGCGGCAUCGCCGUGGGCUCGGCGAUUUUCGGGCGCUACCGCUCGUUCUACGCGGUCGCGCACCACAACAGGGACCCCUGCGGCUGCUGA